AUGAUCUGGUUUGAAGAGACGAAUAGCGUUGAGUCAGUCCUGCUUUGCCCCCCGGGGUUCCUCAGCCUGUCAAGGAAUCCGUUGAAGUGCGAGCCGUGCGCGCCUGGAAGCUACUCGGUCAUGACCAUGUCCACCUCUUGUCUGCUCUGUGGAGCCGGCGAGAAGUCAUUGUCAACAUCCAAGAUCAUCGAGCAAGGGGGAGCGACUACCUGUCAGUCAUGUGAAGCCGGCUUCUUCUCGGCCGUUGGCUCCAGCGAGUGCCAGGGAUGCGUCGCAGGCUUCUUCUCCCCUUAUCGAUCGAACGAGAGUCUGUGCGAGUCGUGCCAGCCUGGUACCUACAGCGAUAUCCCGAAUGCGGCAGGGUGCAGAAGUUGUGCUCGUGGAUAUUACAACAAUGCUCCAGGAUCGAUCCACUGCUUCCCCUGCCUCCCUGGAUCCUAUCUAGCAAGCGAGGGAGGCACUUCGUGUGAAGAAUGUCCGCUCCACACGUACUCCGACUUCGAGUUCUUGUUCUCCUCCUGCCCUCCUGGUUUCUUCUCGUAUGCCUCCAACUCCCUCGUCCAGUGCCUCCCAUGCCCGGCCGGACGGUACUCCAAGGCCGCGGGCUCUGCCGCCUGCUUUCCGUGCGAAGAAGGGACGUAUCAGAACGAGUUGGGUCAGAGCGGGUGCAAGGCGUGCCAGGAGGGCAAGUACACCAGCAAUGUCGGGAGCACCCUAGCGCAACAAUGCAGCGACUUCUGCGCUAUCGGCACUUAUGAUCAGAACCGUGUGCAGCCCUGCCAACCCUGCACGCAAGGAACGUAUGCGGACGAGCUUGGGCUGACGGCUUGCAAGGCUUGUCCCCCGGGCACCUCCUCGCCUCCUCCAGGUGCGCAGGUUGCCUGA